AUGGGUAAAUUAAAAUUACUCGUGUUUUUUAUAAUCAUUUCGCUGGGUUUUUGUUUAGCAACCAACAGGUCACAAUUAUUCAAGGAUUUUUUGGACAGUUAUGAAGUUCGAGUGGCGCCGUUUGAUACUGCAUCUGAUUCGAUAACGUUAUCUGUGGGGUUAAUUCUCAUGUCGAUUCGCAAAGUGAGUGAAAAGGAUCAGACCUUUUCAGCGUCUUUCUGGAUUUCAAUGACAUGGGGAGAUAAUCGUUUGAUAUGGGAUCCAACUUCUUACAAUAGUAUAACACAGAUUCAGACCACUUCAAAAUCCGUGUGGAUCCCAAGCUCAAUUUGCAUUUUUAAUGACGUCACAAAUAAUAAAUGUUUGACGGAAGAGAAACCGGUAACCAUAUACAAUUACGGAUAUGUGACGUAUAUAACCUCGAGAGAAAGCGUCACGAAAUGCAAAAUCGACAUCACAAAAUACCCCUUUGAUUCGCAGACUUGUUCAUUAUAUUUUGGAAACUUUUUCGUGGACUCAGAAUUCAUAGCCCUGUCAUCGACUCACUCUGUAUACGACUUAACUUACUUUGACAGGAAUGAAGAAUGGAACGUCCAAGGUGCCUCUGUUGUAGAACAUCACGUUUCCGCAAAGGAUAAACAACUGUUGUUUCAUUUGAAUAUGAAGAGAAAACCGGAUUAUAUUGUUCUGACCGUUCUCCUCCCCGUGAUUAUUCUCUCAGUUUUAAAUAUAUUUUGUUUCGUAUUACCAAUAGACUCUGGGGAAAAGAUGGGUACGUCCAUGGCAAUUUUCUUAACCUUUGCUGUGUUUCUGACUGUCAUUAAUGAUACAAUGCCGAAGUCGGACGAUAUUCCGCCUUUUACGGUAUAUCUGACCAUACAAUUAGUCAUCAGUGGACUGACCGUUAUCUUAGAAAUUAUAGUUUUGCAUGUCCAUUUUUGGUCUACUGAUAACAGUGACACUAAUAAAGUAGAGCCCGGUGAAUGUGAUGUUAAGGAGAAAGGUGAUGUUACGGAGAAAGGAGAUUCUAAAGUUAAGAGAUUUCGAAGAAUCAUCAAUCUUGCAAAAGAAAACUUAACAGCUAAAGUACUUGAUAGAAUAUUUAUGGUAUUGGUCAUAAUUGUGGAUUUUAUUUCAUUGAUAAUAUUAUUUGCAAAGAUUCGAUAG